AUGUCGCUAUCGUGUGCUAUCGAAGCAUGCAAACGUAAAUCGCGAGCAUUAUGUCAUGGUUGCAACACGAAUUUUUGUCCUGAUCAUUUCAAAGAACAUGUUGAUUUAAUAAAUUCACGAAUGAAUCCUCUUGCUGAUGAAAUAAAUACUCUUAAUAAUCAAUUGUUGUUAUUCGAUGUUGAUGAAGUUAUUGAUAAAUGUCGUCAAAAAUUGGAUAAAUGGCGUCAUGAAUCUCAUGCUAUACGUUGUGUUGAAAAAGUUGGUGAAAAACGAAAACAACUGCAUCAAUUAAAAUUAAAAAUAAAUGAACUGAUUCGAGAACAAGAUGCUACACAUGACGAUAUUUCUUCAUUGAAAGCAACUAUUAAUGGUAUCAAACGUGAUGUCAACCAAUAUGAAGAGAAUGGCGUUGUAGUCGAUGUCAAUCCUUUAAUUAUUAAUCAAGAUUUAGUUUACAUCGAACAAUGGACAUCGAAUGAAUUUGAUAUAUCAACUCUUGCGUCAUCUUAUCGAACAAUUGCUUGUUCCAAAGAUAAUUGGCCUGCCAUGACUAGCAACAAUCAUUUUUUGUUAAUAGAUCAAUAUCCAAACUUAUGUUUAUAUGAUGAAAAUUUGACUCUUUUAAAAGAAUAUCCAUGUGAUUAUGAUAAAAUUCCUGAUAUGUGUUGGUCAUCGGCAUUAAACAAUUUUAUUAUCAUAACAGAAGGACAUGGAGUCUUUCUGAUGAAUGAAAAUCUAACAUCACUUGAAUGUAUCCAAACGAUCGAGAAGAAACCAUGGUUAUCUUGCACAUGCUCAGAUUCAACUUUAUUUCUAACGAUGAAUGGAUCCGGCUCUGAUAUUUUUCAAUUCAAUUUUUUAUCGUCCUUUCAAUUCAUGAAACAAUGGAAAUCUCCUCAAACUUGUUAA